AUGGCUGUUCUUCAUGGAGUUGUCUAUAAUGUGGUUAUUAAUCCUGCAGUUGUCUACAAUGUGGUUGUUCAUCGCGCAGUUGUCUACAAUGUGUUCAUCGUGCAGUUGUCUACAAUGUGGUUGUUCAUCGUGCAGUUGUCUAUAAUGUGGUUGUUCAUCGCGCAGUUGUCUACAAUUUGUCUACAAUGUGAUCGUUCAUGUGCAGUUGUCUACAAUGUUACAGUUCAUAAUACAGUUGUCCACAAUGUUACUGUUCAUUGUGCAGUUGUCUACAAUGUUACUGUUCAUCGUGCAGUUGUCAACAAUGUGAUGGUUCAUCGUGCAGUUGUCUACAAUGUGAUUGUUCAUAAUACAGUUGUCCACAAUGUUACUGUUCAUCGUGCAGUUGUCUACAAUGUUACUGUUCAUUGUGCAGUUGUCUACAAUGAAAUUGUUCAUAAUACAGUUGUCCACAAUGUUACUGUUCAUCGUGCAGUUGUCUACAAUGUUACUGUCCAUAAUGCAGUUGUCUACAAUGUGAUUGUUCAUCGUGCAGUUGUCUACAAUGUUACUGUUCAUCAUGCAGUUGUCCACAAUGUGAUUGUUAAUCGUGCAGUUGUCUACAAUGCUACUGUUCAUCGUGCAGUUGUCUACAAUGUGAUUGUUCUUCGUGCAGUUGUCUACAAUGUGAUUGUUUAUCAUGCAGUUGUCUACAAUGUGAUUGUUCAUUUUGUCUACAAUGUUACUGUUCAUUGUGUAGUUGUCCACAAUGUUACUAUUAAUCAUGCAGUUGUCCACAAUGUUACUGUUCAUCAUGCAGUUGUCCACAAUAUUACCGUUCAUAGUGCAGUUGUCCACAAUGUUGCUGUUCAUCGUGCUGCUGUCUACGAUGUUACUGUUCAUCGUGUAGUUGUCUACAAUGUGGUUGUUCAUCGUGCAGUUGUCUACAAUGUGGCUGUUUGUCGUGCAGUUGUCUACAAUGUGGUUGUUCAUCGUGCAGUUGUCUACAAUGUGAUUGUUCAUCGUGCAGUUGUCUACAAUGUUACUGUCCAUAAUGCAGUUGUCUACAAUGUGAUUGUUCAUCGUGCAGUUGUCUACAAUGUUACUGUUCAUUGUGCAGUUGUCUACAAUGUUACUAUUCAUCAUGCAGUUGUCCACAAUGUUACUGUUCAUCAUGCAGUUGUCCACAAUGUUACCGUUCAUAGUGCAGUUGUCCACUACUGUUCAUAG